AACCAUCAUCACAUAGGAGCCAUUACUGUGCAUAACAGAGAUGUCCUCUGAAAGUGUUCAUUUGUCAGCUGACAGCGAGACACGAAGACGAAGGUUUGCUGCUGACAAUCCAGAUGAAACAGCAGGAGAGCCACCGUGGGACCAGCAGAUACCCAGAGGUCGAGGGCUGUGCUGUGACGUGACCCACCUGCCUCAUGAGGGCCUUGAUGGCCACUCUCUUCCCUGCAUGUCACCAACAUUGGGUCCCUGCACAUCUGGUUCCUUAUGUAGACAAAGAAGUCAUAGUUUGCACGCGUUUGAUGAUGCAUGGGAUGACGGCCGCUGCAAGACAACUAUAAGUGCAGAAAAUGAAGUGGAGGCGCAGAAACAGGCUAACAAUUACAAGUUUGGAUUCAGGAAGUGGAAAAGUCAUGUCACCGAGCGACCCUUUGAGGACAGAUCAGAGGUAGUGAAGGAGCUCUACUCUGAGCUGAAUGUCAUCAAAGUUCACACCGGUUCCUUGAUCUCCUGUGGCAAUGUCUUGUAUGUGUUUUUAUUUGGAUGGUGGCUUGCCCUGGUGUACUCUUUGGUCAGUCUUCUGAUGUUCUGUACCCUUAUUGGAUUCCCAUACGGGAAGCUUUGCUGGAACUUGUCAGGUUAUUUUCUGUGGCCUUUUGGGAAGUCCAUAACAGAGGGUAUUGUGUCAGAAAGAAGACCUAAAAGAGCAGGCCCAGACUCCUUUACUGAGGAAGUAGAAGAAAAUAACAGAGCCACAUCCAUUUUGCUGCCAACACCUGUUGAAGAUGUUUUCGAAGAAUCUCAGGCACCACACAAAACCUCUCACUGGAGACGUGUUAACACUUAUGUGUGGCUUCUGCUGGGCUAUCCUGUCCUGACUGUCUUCCACUCGCUGGCCUGCCUGCUGUCCUGGCUGUUGGUCGUCACCAUACCCGUGGCUAAGAUGAAUGCUCGUGCGCUGGGCUCAAUUCUACUGCUGCCACCUGAAGAAGUUCAUAUCAGUCGCGUCACAGAGGAGACUGGAGACACCAAAGCUCUGCUGUGCUGCAAUCAUGCUUUCAAUGUCUACUACUACAAGUACACAGUGGACGGGAUCAAUGUGUUUUCUGUCAAUCUCCUACCAUUGGUCAUUUUUGCUCUGGUGAUUGGUUACGUAGACAAAGACAAUGCAUUUGCUAGUUCAGAGGUCAAAUUUGCCAUGGCUAUCGGAUCAAUCAUUCCUUUGUCCUACUACAUUGGAAUGGGUAUCGCUAGUAUUUCAGCACAGAGUAACUUUGCUGUCGGUGCGGUUGUGAACGCCACAUUUGGCUCCAUCACAGAGAUGACCUUUUACAUCACCGCCCUUCUCCGAGGACACCGCGAAGGAAACCAGUGUCUGCAGGAGGUCGUCAAGGCGGCCCUCACCGGAACUCUACUGGGCUGCAUUCUCUUCAUCCCCGGCAUCUGUAUGAUCAUUGGUGGACUGAGACACAGCGAGCAAAGGUUCAACAGUCGCUCCGCUGGAGUCAGCUCAUCAUUGCUCUUCAUAUCCAUUGGAGGGGUGUUUGCACCAACACUGUUCUCUAAAGCCUACGGCAAUCUUAUCUGUGAAGGCUGUAGUUCCACGGGGACCAAUGCCACCACCAAUACCACUGGUCCCUAUGUCUGCCACAACUGUCACUAUGACUUGAGUGAAAAUAACUACACCAUGUUCCAUAGCCAUGUUGAGCCACUGGUUCACUCUAUUGCUGUCCUUCUGCCUUUGGCCUACAUCAUCGGCCUCAUCUUUACUCUGAAGACACACUCACACAUCUACGACAUCCAUGUUGGUGACAGUAACGCUUCCGGACACCUUGGUGCGGUGGUCCACUGGUCUCGGUGGAGAGCUCUGUUCAUUCUCAUUGUGGCCACAGUGCUAAUGUCUGCAUGUGCAGAUCUGACCACGGAACAUAUCCAGCCAAUCCUCAGUCAGCCCGGCAUCUCCCAAUAUUUCAUCGGUGUCACUGUGCUGGCUAUGGUCCCUGAAAUCCCAGAGAUUGUAAAUGGCGUCCAGUUUGCACUCCAGAAUAAUAUCAGUUUGAGUUUGGAGGUGGGCAGCUGCAUUGCUGUACAAGUGUGUAUGAUUCAAAUCCCUUUGUUGAUUCUCUUCAACACAAUCUACGAUGUCGGCUUUGUACUUGUAUUCAGUGAUCUCCAUCUAUGGGCAAGCAUUUUCAGUGUGAUUCUUGUCAAUUACAUUUUCAUGGAUGGCAAGUCUGACUAUUUUCAAGGGACUUCUCUGGUGGUGGUGUAUCUCAUACUGUUGGCCACGUACUACUUUGCACCUUCCCCUGCAGGCUGCUAAGUGAUCGAUGAGGUCACUUUGAACAAAAGUGCUGUUAUAGUAAUUUACUUGAAAAGCACAAAUGGAUGGUCCAAACUGCGGAAUCAUCCUUACUCCUUAAAGAAUGUUGUUUGCACUUCAUUAAGAUAUUUCUAAGAUAUUUCAUAUACAGAGAUUCUGUAUAUGUACCAUUUUGGUUUAUUUUUCUGUACUGUAUUUUAUGUUGUUUGUUGUUUAUGUUGUAAAGGUACGAGAGGGACGAGGAAAUCAAAUAAUCAUCAUGAGCAAACCCUUUAUCUGACACAUUCCAAGUGCAUCAUCAGUUGCAUAAUUGUAAGGUAGAGAGCAUCAAUUGCAUAACUGUAAUUUGAGUUAGAUGUGUUUUAUUUUAUUAUUGAUUAAAUGUGUCAGAGAAUAUGAGAUGAUAUGUUUAUACUG